AUGCUGAACUUCAAAAAGCUUAGAUCUAGAGUUGCGAAAAUGGAACGGAAACAAUUGCAAUCUGAUGAAAAAAACAACGUUAUCGUAUUACGAAGUAAUGAUGCUCCCACAUCUAUAUCGGAUGAUAAUAGCACCUCCAACAAAAUGAAAAAUUCUAACAUUACUCCGACAUCUGAUAACGCUUCAAAUUCUGACUUACGAAGUGAGGAUGCUAUGACUCAGAGAGUCGCCCUUAAAGGACCC